AUGAAAGAACGAAAAGAAGCCCAGGCGCAUCUCGAAAGCAAAACAUCCGACCUUGACGAUGGCCAUUCCGAUACGUUGGUGUCCCAGAGGGGCGGAACGACCAACGACACCCGCGAUAUGCUUCGCAUGGGCAAGCAACAAGUGACCCGAAGAAAUUUCAAGCAUGCAACAAUUCUUGGGUUCUGCAUGGUGAUCCUAUCGACUUGGGAAGCCAUUUUAUCUACUGCUGUGUUCUCUUUAAGUAAUGGCGGAACAGCAGGGCUGAUAUGGGGCUAUCUUAUCGUCAUGGUUGGGUUUGGUUUCGUUGUGGCUUCACUGGCUGAGAUGGCAUCGAUGGCGCCUACAUCGGGUGGUCAGUAUCACUGGGUCAGCGAAUUCGCACCUCCCACCUGCCAGAAGUUCCUGAGCUAUCUCGUCGGCUGGCUAGGCGUCCUAGGCUGGCAGACUGCAGCUGCAACAGUCUCGUAUCUGGCUGGGAAACAAAUACAAGGUCUCAUCGCCUUGAAUAACUCGUCCUAUAUUCCAAAAGCAUGGCACGGGACGCUCCUCAUUUGGGCUGUUCUAGCUGUUUGCUGGGUCUUCAACACAUUUUUCUCCAAAAGACUUCCUCUGGUGGAAGGCGUCAUUGUUGUUCUCCACGUCGUCGGCUUUUUCGCCGUCAUCAUACCUCUCUGGGUCAUGAGUGACAGAAGCACCAGCAAUACCGCCGAUGUGUUUUCGCUUUUCCAGGACAACAUGAUGUGGGGUAAUGUGCCACUGUCAACGAUAGUCGGUCUCACGGGCGCCGCUAGCUCUUUCGUCGGAAUCGAAGCAGCAGCUCACAUGAGUGAGGAAGUCCGCGAUGCCGCCCAUGUCGUCCCUAGGGCAAUGAUGUGGACGUGGCUGGGCAAUGGAUUGCUUGGUUGGAUCAUGGCGAUUACUUUCUGUUUCUGUGUCGGCGACACGAUGGCUGUUUUGACAACACCGCUUGGGACUCCCUUCAUUCAGGUCUUCUUGGACACGACAAAGUCAGUAGCCGGGGCUACCGUUUUGACUGUCAUGAUGCUGGUUAUUGCGAUUUUCGCAUGCGUUGCAGUCAUGGCGGCGAAUUCGCGCCAGCUGUUCGCCUUCGCUCGUGAUAAAGGCGUUCCAUUCUCAAGCGUCUUCAGCAAGGUUUCACUUACGUCCGAAGUGCCCGUAAACUCCAUUUACAUGACACUUCUAUUCGUCGGUCUCCUAUCCCUCAUCAACCUGGGUUCCAGCGUUGCAUACAUGCAAGUUAUUUCGCUCGGCACCGCCGCCAUGUUGACAUCCUACCUCAUUUCCAUCGGAUGCGUCGCUUUGAAAAGACUACGCGGCGAACCGCUUCUGGCAUCGAGGUUCCACUUGGGCAAAAGUGGUCCUGCCAUCAAUAUUGUCUCCAUUCUAUUUCUGAUCUUCCUGUUGGUAUUCUGCUUCUUCCCAGUAGCUCCUCACCCCGACGUGCAGGAUAUGAACUGGGCAGCACUGGGUUAUGGUAUAGUUGUUCUUUUCGCGGUUGCCUAUUAUUUGGUCCGUGGGCGGCUUGUCUAUGUUGGGCCGGUGGAGUAUGUCCUGAAGGAGUGAAUAGGAGCAUCCAGGAUCCCUUUAACUAUAAGGAAAACGGAACUGCGGAAAGAGAUUACGCAGGCAUUGAGAUGAUACGGCGCGUAGGAGCUGCGGAUAGAUCCCUUCUACAAGGAUCUUGCGGAGUUUGCGCCCUGGAGAACUCCAUCCAUUCUGGUACCUGCAGUGCGUGGCCUGUUGCGUGAACCACGGUGUUGCGCCCACGAGUACAUAUCACAAGCCCAAAUACAAAUGGAAC